CCUGGGCAGGUACCUAGGCAGGUUAGGUGGCCGAUCGCCUGCCAUCAGGCAUCUUGGUUAGCGCAGAGAUAGGGUUCUAUCGUUCCUAACCUAGGUACGUUACGUACACGCAGGGACGCUCCCCUUCUUCCUCUGACAGGUCUCCCCGGGCCUGCUUACUUACCUAGGUAGGCAUACAGGUAGGAUGGGAAUUUCCACGUCGGCGUAUUCGGGGGCGUAUCUCCAACACACAACGGCUCUAUUGUGCGACGUUGUAUAUUCUGUUAUAGAUGCCUCCACCGUUGUACCGGCCGCGUACAAUACAUCUGGCUCCUCGCCGCCGGUGCGGCUCAGACAUGGUGGGCGCCAGAGAGCGUCAGAUGGGCUGCGACUCAUUCGCCGGACCGGACCUGUUUGACCACUCACAUAGAUCACGCUCGAUCUCAUCAGCCAAGUAUCAUACUACCUCCUCCUGCUCGGCAGCCAAUCCGAGCCCGUCUCUCCCCUCUUCCCUCUUCUCCUUUGGCGCCCUCCUUCUGGCACCGCUGUCUCUGUUUGGACAGCUGCGUAGACCUCUACGCUUAUCACGGCAGGCUUUUUCCCUUCUUUUCUAUUUUCCACCCCUUUUCCCUUUUUUUCUUUUUCCCUCUCACUCUCUCCAUAAAUAAUGUUCGUAGUAUUGUUUAUGGGUGGAAAUUCCGAUCCGUCGAAAUCCCAUGCACCCCCUAACAAAUCCAUCCUUCCCAUAUAUGUAUUUAUGCUAUACCUAGGGAGGUAUCUACCUACCUACCUAUCUAUCCUAGACGCCGACUUUCUCCCCCAUUGCCAAACGUGUAUAUACAUGGAUACCUACCUAGGUAGGUAACUUAGGUAGAUAUUCAUAUCGACGUAAAUAAACAAAUACCUCCCUACUACGUACGCCUGUAUAUGCGCAUCUAUCCUGUGAGCAGCGUCUCCAACAUCCUGCGAUACCCAAAUACACGCACCCAUGCGUGUCGCAAACGUUACAACCGAACGUCGGUGCUCUUGCGCGGUCUAGCCCCGUAGGGAAUGUCCGUUCGCGAUCGCCCGAACCGGGAUACAGGUCAACACACAGCUAACUACAUGCGCAUCUGCUCAUAUGUAUUGUCAUGCAUCGUCACCUUGCUU